AUGAGUAAGAUGUCGAAGAACAAACUAAACCUGACCCUCCCACCAGGGUCUAUUGAUACCGGGCCAGCGGUUUCGCCAUGUAAUAUGACUCCACAGCUAAAGUCUGCCACUGCUUCAGAACGGCAGGGCUUAGUUGGAAAGUCAAAAACAAGCAUAGAAGCACUAACGGAGAGACUAGAGCAAAUAGAGAUGGAUGACACACAGAGACGAAGAAUAGAAGUAUUUUUGUGUCAAAAGGAAAAAAUUGGAGAGUUGAGUGAUGAUGAUUUUGAAAAGUUAGGGGAAUUGGGACAAGGGAAUGGUGGUGUAGUUAUGAAGGUGCGUCACAAAUCAACCGGUCUAAUCAUGGCGCGCAAAUUGAUCCAUCUUGAGGUUAAGCCAGCCAUAAAGAAGCAAAUUAUACGUGAACUAAAGGUCCUGCAUGAAUGUAAUUUUGCACACAUUGUGGGUUUCUAUGGAGCAUUCUACAGCGAUGGAGAGAUAUCAAUUUGCAUGGAAUACAUGGAUGGUGGCUCACUGGACCUUAUAUUGAAGAAGGCCGGGAGGAUUCCUGAGUCUAUUUUAGGCACAAUAACCUCGGCGGUUCUGAAGGGCCUCAGCUACCUGCGCGACAAGCACGCGAUAAUGCACCGCGACGUGAAGCCGUCCAACAUCCUCGUGAACAGCAACGGCGAGAUCAAGAUCUGCGACUUCGGCGUGUCGGGGCAGCUGAUCGACUCCAUGGCCAACUCGUUCGUGGGCACGCGCAGCUACAUGUCCCCGGAGCGUUUGCAGGGGACUCACUACUCUGUGCAAUCGGACAUUUGGUCUCUCGGUCUGUCGCUGGUCGAGAUGGCCAUCGGAAUGUAUCCGAUUCCGCCUCCCGACGCGAAGACCCUGGCCGCGAUCUUCGGGGGCCAGAACGAGGAUCACUCGCCGGGUCAGGCGCCCAACUCGCCGCGACCGAUGGCGAUAUUCGAGCUCCUGGACUACAUCGUUAACGAACCACCGCCCAAGCUGCCGGCCGGCAUCUUCUCCGACGAGUUCAAAGACUUCGUGGACCGCUGCCUCAAGAAGGAUCCCGACGAGCGGGCCGACCUGAAGACCCUCAUGAACCAUGAGUGGAUCCGUAAGGCUGAAGCAGAGAAGGUGGACAUUGCGGGCUGGCGAAAAAGGGUCAAAACAUUUCCCAAGAGAAAGCGGGUGAAACAAUCAGUGAGGACGCUGGCGCAGAGGAAUAGCCGCCCU